AUGAGCGACACGACGGAAGGUCUCACACAACCGCAUUAUUUGGUAGAACGUAUACAGGGACGGAUUCUGCUAAUAGCUACAUGGCAUCUUCGCUUCUAUUUCGUCAUGUCCAGCAUCAGGUGGGUGCACAGGAAGGGGAAUAACUGCGAAAAGCGAGUGAUUUCCCUGAACGAAAUUAAAAAAAGGUACCUAAAUGACGCCGCAAAUGAGAGGAAGGGGAAAUCGAAUGAGAAGAGUUGUCGUGAUGGGAUAGACGCAGGUACAGAAAAAAGAAAGGGGAAAAAAAAACUAAUAACAUUUUACGAAAAAAACGCAGAAAAAUGUCUUAAUCAGAAAAAGGGAUUAAUCGAAAAAAAUGUAAGUACCUAUUCUGAGAGAAAAAAAAACAAUGAUGCGAAAAUUUUGGAAAAAAAAAUAUAUUGCUGUUCAGGUGAAAAAGGAGAAAUAAAAAAUGGUUAUUCCGAAUGCGGCGCGGAAGUAGACGACUCCUAUGGUAAACAUGGGAUAUUUGGAAACCACAGCAAUAUGAAAAAAGGGGGAAUAGGCGGCAGAGACAUGGGAGAAAAAAGCAGCCUGUGUACUCCUCACCAUGAGCACCAACAAGUGAAUAUAAACCUAGACGUAAACAUUCAAUGGAACAAACAAAACAGAAAGCUUGAAAAGGAUAACGCCAAUGUAGGGGAGGUAAGAACCUUCUACAGAGACAAGCAAACGUACCAUCCCAUACAAGAAUUCAUUAGUGAUAAAUAUUCUGGCGAUAAUGGCUACUCGGAUGAAUCUCCCAUAGGUUAUGAACGUAGAAGAUGUCGUAAGGGCAAGGUACCACACACAUGUGAGGGAGAGAAAUAUGAACAACACGUUCGUUAUGAGAAACCAAGGGAUCGUCAUUAUCAUCAGCAUAUCGGCGGUGAAUAUAUCCAAGGAAGCAGCAGUGGAGGUAAACCUCUCCCCCCAAACAGUUUCAUAAACCAUUUAGCAGAAGAUUGUAUCCCGCAUGAUCGAAUGGAACCCGUCUCAUAUGUCUACCCCGAGAAACGGUACGGUGAUCACGCAUGGAAAAAUCUCCACCACGAGACAGAGAAAGAGAACAGUCAGUACCGAUAUGACAGUGGAGAGAAACUUCACCAAGUACACAAGGUAGAACAACAAGCAGCUGAAACGUAUGAAGGGGGAGCUGCGGAGAAAGUUCAUCUGUAUGUUAAGGAAGUUCGUCCGUAUAGCCAACACCUUCAAAAGUAUGUUGAUAAUCCUCUCGCAGAUCCACUCAAAACGAAAUCAACCAAAGGUAGGAAAAAAUAUGUUCACCAGGUAGAUCUAAAUAGAAUUUACAGACAUGGAGAAGACGAAAGGACAAGAUUUUUCCACUUGGGUGGCAAGCAUACUGGCAGUGGCAAGCAUACUGGCAGUGGCAAGCAUACUGGCAGUGGCAAGCAUACUGGCAGUGGCAAGCAUACUGGCAGUGACAAGCAUACUGGCAGUGACAAGCAUACUGGCAGUGGCAACGGCGAAAGUAGUCAUCCUAAUGAACAUUCCUGGAUAAAUCACGAUAAAACAAAAGGAGAAAGCACUAAAGCUCACCCCACAAAGUAUCUUCCUCCCACAGAUGAUUAUCAAAAAACAGCCUAUCCUUUCAGUAGGGAGAAGGUUCUUCUUAGGGGAGCUAAGGAACAGAACAAAUAUGAAGAAGAUAAAAAAAAAAAAAAAAUUAUUUUAUCAAUAAAUACAAUUAGUAACAUUUUAAAAAAAAAAAUUUUUAAUUACUUAAUAUGUCUGAGGAAACACUUCUUGGUAAGGGCCCCUCGUCCCGUCUACAAAAAAUAUGCCAAGAUUUUUACCUCAGGGGAGAAACAUUAUGGAAAUAAAGACAGAGGCUCCCAUCCCACAGUGUCGGCACAUAUCAUGCAGUGUGCAUCCCCACGAAAGGUAGAUAUUCCUUUGUGGUCUUUACAAAAAGGGAAAAAAGAGGGGAAUUGUUCCGAAGGGCGAAUUUCCAGACCCAUGCGGGGACAAGUACAAUCGGGUGGAGAUAAAGAAGAAACCCCUUUAGAGAAGAAGAACAUGGAGGAAGUGAUCAUGAAGGAAGUGAACAUGAAGGAAGUGAACAUGGAGGAAGUGAACAUGAAGGAGGCAAUCCAAAAGAGGGAAAUCACAUCCUACAAUGAAUCACGUGUACCAGGAUUUGCAAAAAAAAACAAGAGUGAAAAUUUAAAAUUGUAUAGGCAUCUUUCCCGGAGGAAAGUACUAACAAACACUUUGAUUGAUAGCUUCAUCGAUGUGGACAUAAAUGACCAACGGAAAAGGAAGAAGUAUUUGAAAUUUUUCUCUAUUUUGUUGUGCCUCUUUCUGAGGAGGCACAUGCAUAGAUUGUUGUCUGUUUUUUUUUCGAUGAUCGGAUCGUGUCAUCGGCGGGAGGAAGAAAAACGAAGCAUACGCAAGUUCAUCAACAGUAAAUUAUAUGCUGUGUCCAUCCUGGAGGGGGCAGUAAAAAGGAGCGAGAAAAAAAAAGCGCUCAAGCAAUUGGCACUGUUGAAGAAGGAUAACCAAACCCACAACCAUUCCAGUGACCACCCAAUAAGGAGUAAUAGCGUCGAAGAAAGGAACGUUGUGAAGAAAGCACCACACCAUGUUGGAUCUUCUCAUAAGGAUAACAUCCCGCAUGAUGCAGGAGUUGGUGAAUGUAUAGAGGAGAGGAACAGACCAAAACUUACCUCCAGUCAAAGCCAUGAAAACCCCUGCUUUGGUAAACCAAAAAUAUUUAGAACAGACGACUUUGCCAUUUUCUUCAAAAAAAAAAUAUUAAAAGAGAAGGACGAAAUUCUCCAAAAGUGUCUUUUAAGAUCCAAGUCAGAUGCACUUUUAGAUUUUUUUAAAAUGAAUAAAAUGGAAAAUUUUUCCAAAAAAGCUACCUGCAAUUCAGCUGUUUUAAAUUUUCCCGAAGGUGUUUAUUACAAUGACAACAUGAGAAGUUCUACUUUACUGGAUCGUUUUUUCACAGCCACGUACAGCCCAGAUGUACCAAAAUUGGAUCUGAGUACAUAUAGAAAUAAAAUCCAUUUAUCCUUCUAUGAACAUAUGACUGAUCACUCCACACUGAUACGCAGCUCAAUAAAUUAUCAGCAGGGCCACAACAAACGAGAAACCUAUAUGCACUUUAAACAGGAAUGUUUCGAAACAGGUGGAGCCAAUUGUGUGGGUUCAACUAGCCAAAAUACUAUUAAAAGCAAAGGAUGUCUUACUACAAACAUAGCAGAUGCGGUUGAUGGGAAAAUGGGAUCCAUCUCCGAAGUAAUGAAUAAAUUGGGUUGUCUUAUCGGAGACUCCAACUUCCUGAACGCUGUAACUCCGGGGGGGGGAGACCAUAUGGACGACUCCAGCGAGGACGACCUAAAUGACAAAAAGUGUAGAAUGUUCUUUAAGCAAUUUAAGAAGGAACUCACCAUGAAGUGCAAAGGAGCUACACCUGGAGAGGAAGAUUAUUCCGAUCACCGUCACACCGGGGUAGACCCUCUCUUCCAAGUGGAGGAAACGCAAAACGGGCUGAGCAUGAGCGACCUGAGUAGCACCGUGGGUGUGUCAAAAGGUGGAGACACGUAUACGCAUGAGGAUGAACGUCGAAAUGGAAAUUGUACCACUACGUUUAUACAUCAAUAA